AACUGCCGCGACUGGGACUGCUGGUUUUGCAACAAGUCCAGUAUGUUUCCAGUUUGCCUCCGUACCACCAUUUGUCGGUCAUUCUCCACCCUCACCACCCUCGAAUCUGCACCUCUCUACCGCAUCGUGCGCGUAAGCAAUAUUCCAGAAGGCCAUAAUACCCUCCAAGGACCAUAUGCUUUUUCGAUUUUUCGACGAAGGCAUGGCCAGCCGGUGUAUAUCGCGCAGUAAUAGCCUCUAUCAGUUAUCCCUUGAUUUACCUUCGCCAGCGGUGACAACCCGUGAUGUCGCUUUACUUGGGGUGUACAAUCUGUCUCGCACCCUCCUUCUGAAAAACUUGCCAUCAGACUUGGACGAGACGAAAUUGAAAGAAAUUCUCUCGCGACAAGAUGGACUGGAAACUUGGAGGUUUUUCCCGUCAGAAAAUGAAGCUGUGGCUCGUUUUUUGGAUGUACACAGCGCGUUCGAGACACGCACGGAAUGCCAAAAAGCAGGGAUGUCCGCUUCAUUUCCAAAUACAAGCGGCAGUUAUAUGUUUCCUGAAUGGUUUCCUGAAGGAGAGGACGGCCUGGCGUUUGUGGAGACCCGCUUGGAGGUCUCCGAUAUUCAAGACUUCGACGCUCUGCUUGUUGCGCGGAGUUGGAUCUCCAAGUAUGAGGAAUCCAGUCCUGCUUGUUUGAUUUUUACUAGUUUCCACAAGUACCGAAAAGUGCUCACGAUGCAGUUUGUGACGACGGAAAUCGCACGCAAUUUUUUCGAAGCUUUCAGCACUGACGCGCAAGGUCAAGGUAUGCGGCUGUCAUUGGUGAAGAAUCGGGAUCCGCUCUCUCGUGGUAUGAUCACCGCUGUCGGCCUGGGUGCGCAACGAACAGUGCGCCUGAAGCUUUCAGGUCAAGGACCCCGCUUGAGGAGAAAGGAAGAGUACUUCUACUUCUUCUGUCAGUUUGGUGCCGUCUCCGGAUCGUUCAGGUGCGUGUUUCGUCUCUCUGUUUAGUUGUUCCCUACUCAAAUAGCGAUCAGGGAUGAGCAAUACCAUGAAUGUAGCGAACCGCUGUACAUCCCAUUCGACAGCUUACAGAGCGCCCUCCGCUGUGUGCUGAGUAUGUCACAGUUCAAGGCGGACAUGCUCAACCAUUUCCCCGAGCUGCAGGGCGCCACUAUCUCCUUUGCGGGUACUAUCUCCUUGACACCGACCCAGGUGCCGCAGUAGAAUUUUACCCGGAUCACACAAUU